AUGUUUAGCUUAAAUAUAUAGAAUUAGUGGGUAGCUUCCUCCCUCCCACCUCCUUAACCCUCCCGUCGUCGUCUUGACUUCGCAAAUAAUAGUUCUCAAACUGGUGCGAUUUCAGUUCAGUUUAUUUUCAACUUUUGACAAGGGAUAAUCUAAUAGAAAUUAAAGUAUUCCGUAAACAAUUAAUACUAUGGGCUCAUUUUUGGCAACAUUAUUAGUGCUUUUGUGCAUUGGUUUUGGAGACAAUGGCGUCGUUGAGGCAAGCGUCGCAGCGGAAAAGGACCUGUCACUGUCCCCUGCAGAAAAGCAGUCUCUGGACAAGUUUAAAGCAGUGAUGACCCCUGUAUUGUUUGACGACCGGUUGAAACAGGAAGCGUACCUUGUUCGGUGGUUGCGAGCAUCUCGAUUCGAUAUCAAAAAGGCGGAGAAAAUGUUGCUGGAGAAUUUACGAUGGCGAGAUGAGUUUCAAAUGGACGGCAUUCAUGACGAGGACUGGUCAGAAUUUGAGGACAGAUUUCCUUACGAGGUUUCAUUCGACAAGGAAUUUCAACCAGUGAUCACAAGUCACAUGGGACAGUGGGACUUUCGCCAGGUAAUUCUUGCCGGAAAACGGCAUAAAAUGCUUCGCUACAUCUUCAAAUUAUUGGAUGACAUCGACCAAGGUAUUCAAAAGAGUCAGGCCGAGGGGAAGCUAGUCACGCGUGGAAGCGUAGUAACCAAUCUGAAAGGAUACAAUUUAAUGCAGCAGGGUUGCGUGCAAUGUAUUCCACUCUAUCUGGAAAUGAUCCACGCCCUCGACAGCUAUUAUCCCGGCUUAUUUGAUAAAAUGAUCCUUGUGAAUGUUCCAUCCACUUUUCAAGCGCUGCUCAACAUUGUAAAGCAAACCAUGUCCCAAGACAACCAAAAAGGGCUCAUGGUUUUUGGAUCGAACCCAAAAAAGUGGCAGAAUUAUCUAUUACAAUGGAUCGACCGGGAUGAACUUCCCCUUGAGUUUGGAGGAAAUAAGAUUACACUUUCCAACAAUGACUUUUGAUGUUUUAUUAAUCGACAAGUUUGCUCAUGAUUAGUUGUGAGUUUGAUUGAUGCGGCUUCAAUUCGAUCCAUCCGACCUGAUUAUAUUAUUUAGGUGACUUAUUUAUUACGCUAUAUGUAGAUAGUUUCAAUUAUAUGGUGUAAUACGUAAAAUUUAUUUUUGUCGCAGUUUGGGUUAGGUAGGUUAAUUAGUUUUUAAAUUUUUAUUACAACUUAAAUGUUGGGCAUUAUAGUUACCUAUACAUAUAAGUACAAUAAAAAUAAAUUUGUAUGCAUGAUGAA